AUGGGCAAUCUUGUGGAUGACCGGCUGCAACAGUACCCUUUGACCCAAGAUCUAGAUGAGCCCCCACCAAUCUUCAAACAAGGUUACACCAACGGACUUCGGCAAAAAGAUAUUUUAACUUUCAGACCCCAAAGGAAUCACCAGGAUGGACGAGGUACUCAAACGGGGCUAUCAAGAAUUUGGGUGUGUGGCGCGACGGUACGAAACUGCCAAUUUAAUGCCAACCUAAACAUAUAUCUACGCUCUUCUACUCUGAGUCGUCUUGCAGCCACCUGGAAUCCCCUGGUUUUUAUACUUCCGACUGCCUGGUAUAUAGCGACUUCUCUAUCUCCUUAUUCAGCCAACACCUACAAACAAUUAAACAAGACGAAGCCUAAUAUGAUGUAUCACGACUCUCCCUACCUAAAUUUCCGAUGCACCCAAACAAAACUUUGCAAUAUUUGUCUCACCUCCAUUCAGCCCCCCGCCCCCCGCCCUCUCACGCCCUCACUGCAGCAGGAGGAGCUUCAUCGAAACCCAAGCAGAUGCAUGCGAGAUGCAUCUAGUGAUCCGGCUCAUGUUCUCACCUUAUUCGGGUAUGACAAUUUAUAUGUGCGAUACUUCGAGUGUAGAAUAGUAUGGUUCCACGGAUUCUUGCAUGUGUGCGUGAAGAGAGGAUGUAUAAAGGAGAGCGCUUUCCCGCGAAAUCGAAGACUGGAUUUUUCUCUCACCAUCUUUCUAGACUUCAUAGAAAAUCCAAAACCUUCUGUUCCAAGCGUCGCUAUGCUUUCUCCAGUCAAAUCAGUCGUUCUCUCCCUCUCAUUCCUCUCCGCUUUCGUCGCUGCUGCUCCUGCCGCGGAGGCUGACGCUGGGGUUGAACUCACUAAGCGUGGGUCUUGGGAUGCAAUCGUCUACUCAGGCCCGAAUUGCAACUCGGGUAGCGCAACAAAAGUCCAUGGCGAAGGAGGAGGAUGCUACCAUCCCGGAGGCCAGAGCAUCAAUAUCCAGUUAAAUGGAGGGUGCAAGUGGAAGAGUUAUUCUGGAACAAAUUGUGCAGGGUCGAACAAGGGGCUUGGAGGCGGGUGUAACAAGGUCACCUUUGGAUCAUAUUUGUGGCUGGUGGCUUGGAUGCUAGAAAAGGGACACUCUUUCAGGAUGGUGAUGGAUUUUGGAAUUGCCUACUGGCCUCCUAGACACAAUGAAAUUAUGGAAAUUUAA